AUGGCGACGGCGAUCGAGCUUCGACUGCCAUGGGUAGUUAUUGGUGGCAAGAACGUUACUUACUAUCUGGCCAUUAGCGCCGUCUUGUUAUUGGCCUGGCUUCUUAAGCAGAGGACCUCUCAGUCGAAGGUAGAGGCGCCUUUCUACAAGGCUUCGAGGUUAAAAUGGGCCUUCAGUGCCGAGAGUUUAAUUCUCGAUAGCUACAAGAAGGUGAGUCUAACAUUGCAGGUGGCCCAGGCUUCAUUCGGCUCGUUGCUUGGCAUAUGUGGCGGUGCUGCUACUGCUGCCCCUUUCCGAGAUCAAGUAUACCAGAUCAAGGCGACAGAGGGUGUUCAAGUCUUGAUACCAGCGAACUUAAUCGGAGAGUUGAAGGGACUUCCUGAAGAUGUCUUGAGCGCAACGGAGGCAGUGAGCGAAGCGCUUCAAACCAAGUACACAAAGUUUAGUCCCGGCCACAAUGGUGAAAUGCUCGCGACAUUAGUCCGUAAGAGGUUAUCCCAGAACCUCGCGCGACUCGUUCCCCAACUCAAGGAAGAACUCGAGUUCAUAACCGCCACCGAGUUCCCCGAAUGCAAGGAUUGGACCCCCUUCAAAUUCCAACCCUUCGCCCUCCGAGCCGUCGCCCGCAUGAGCGGCCGCGCUUUCGUCGGCCCCUCCAUCAACCGCCAAGAAAAAUGGAUGGACACCUCCAUCAACUUCGCCGUGCACGUCUUCGUAGCCGUCGUCAAGCUCCAGCUCUUCCCCGAGUGGCUCCGCCCCCUCGGCCAGCACCUCGUCUCCGAGAUCCGCGCCAUCCGCCGCGACCUCGACACGGCGCGCCGGCUCCUCGAACCCAUCAUCCGCGAGAGGUUACGGGACAUGGAGAUUCCCGGCUACGAGAAGCCGCCCGACGACCUGAUCCAAUGGCUCCUCGAGGCGCUGCCCGAGAACGAGAAGACGGACAUCGCGGCGCAGACGCAGCUGCAGCUGAUUUUAUCUGCGGCUUCGAUCCAUACGACGAAUAAUUUGCUGACGGAUUGCAUGUAUGAUUUGGCGGCGCAUCCGGAGGUGCAGGAUAUGUUGAGGGAGGAGGCGUAUCAGGUUUUGGAGGUGGAGCAGGGGUGGGCGAGGAAGGACAGCAUGGCUAAGUUGAAGAAGAUGGACAGCUUCAUGAAGGAGGUUCAGCGGUUGUCUGGAAAUAUCACCUCCUUCAUUCGCAAAGUCAUCAAGCCCAUCGACCUCUCCGACGGCACCCACCUCCCCGCCGGAACCAAGCUCCUAGCCCCACAAGCCGGCUUCUCGCGGGACGCCCGCCACUUCCCGGACCCCGAAACCUUCGACGCCCUGCGCUUCUACAACCUCCGGCGGCAAUCCGACGAGGACGCCAACCGCUGGCAGUUCACCUCCAUCAACGACACCAACAUGAACUUCGGCGCAGGCAAGCACGCGUGCCCCGGCAGGUUCUUCGCCGGCAACGAGGUCAAGAUGGCGUUGGCUUACUUCUUGCUGAAUUACGACGUGAAGUUGAGGGAGGGGCAGGAGAGGCCGAGGCCUAUGAUGGUUGUUAUGAGUAAAGCGCCUGAUCCGAAUGUGGAGUUGUUAUUUAAGAGGAGGGAAGUCGAUGGGUGA